CAGGUGGGGUAGAUGGGAUGAUGAAUAUACAGUUAUGACAAUAGUGGACUGUUGCUCACAGAGACGCGAAAGGCGGGCACAGGCACAUUGAGUGAGGUCACAGAAACAUCACCUCAGUGGUGGACACACUGGAAUAGUUAUCCAACAGCUAAAGUAAGAAUAAAUGGAGACCAUGUCACUGUCGCCAAACGGGAGCAUUGAGGAACUGGAAGACAGUCGUAUUGGCUCCGUAGACGAAGAGCUGACACCCAAGGGCCUGAGGCGUAAGAGAGAGUUCAUCCCAGAUGAAAAGAAGGACGCCACCUAUUGGGAGAAACGUCGCAAGAACAAUGAGGCGGCCAAGCGCUCCCGGGAGAAGAGAAGGGUUAAUGAUUAUGUGCUGGAGAGCCGCCUGGUGGCCAUGAGUGAAGAGAAUGCCAGGUUGAACACAGAACUGCUGGCCCUCAAACUCCGCUUUGGCCUGGUGAGCCCUGCGGCCUACGCUGCCCACCAAAGCAGCCUUCUGCGGCUCCACCAUGCUCACACCCUCAGCCCCCAGUCCCCAACAAAUAGCAGCCCAACCCAGCCCAGAGACAGGGACAUCUACUGGGGCCGGGUGCGCAACUACAGAGACCUCUCCACCCUGCCCACAUACCACGACCAACCCCCUGUUCUGACUGGACAACCUGCCCCUGCCUCGAUCCAUCCAUCCCUACAAACCAGAAGAGGGUACCCAUACUUCUUAGAUGUGCCAGGUGUCUAUCCUGCAAACUCCUCCUCCGUUCUCAUACCCCCGUUUUUCCCCCCCCCCUAUAUCGUCCUGGCCAAGGGUUCCCCUGCUGAGACCCACCCCAAAGCGAGGAGGUUCAGACGAGGAGUGUGAACAGCAAGUUCCAGCGGCCUCCUCCAGUGCAGCGUUACCACACAAGCUGAGGAUAAAGACCCUCCGAGCUCCUGGUGUUCACAGGGAUGUCAGAGACAGGGCCUCCCCCCAAUGCUGAGUGGUUGCCUGACCGCACUGCACAGCAGCACAGACCAACCACAGCGAUGUGAACACAAAGGAUCAAUGCCCUCAGUGCUGUAACACAGACACCAAAGUUACAGCAAAGAUGUUAUGUACAAUUUAAAUCAGACAUAACACUUUUUUUAUUCUUCUGGUUUUGCCACGCUUCCUUAAUAUGUACUGUAGCAUAAUAACUUGCUGACUUGGAGAUUAGGCUAUAUAUUUCUAACAUAAUUUAGCUGCAUCUCUCAGGCACUUAAUCUUUCAGUAAACUAGAACUCUUGAGCCAUUCGAUGUAGAGACACCAAACGACCUUUCACAUAUUCAGACGAUCCUAACAAAACAGAAAAUAAUGCACCAACAGACAUUAACACCAAAGUAAUUUAAAUAAACAAUUAUGCAAUUAAUUAUGUGAAUGCCAAGAAUUGUAGCUGGUGUCUAUCAAACGCUUUAUUAAUCUCCAGUUAUGUUUACAGUCUUUCAGACAUUAAAGGAUACUUUGUGGUUUCUUGUGAUCUUCGUGUUUGAUGGUCUCUCCACCAGAAAGGCCCCAAAAAACUUUAAAUUGUGAUUCAGUUUUAGUUUAACAGCUGUUACAAACUCCAGCUAACUUCAUCCACAGCUGAAUAUCAUGGCAUGUGAGAAUGUAAAAUAAUAAACAAUAAUAAAAAUGGU